AUGAUGGUAGCGUUCGCCGGAACCGAUCUGCCUGCUUCAGGUCAGUUCAUGAUCCCUAGUAACUCGCUUGACCCUGUAGUGACUGAAUUAGAUCAAGCUAAAGCUCUGCGGUCACCGUUGCAGUCAGCUCCCACCGGAGAUACCGAGGCGAUUCUAUCUUAUUACAAGUCUGCUGCGGUCAAUGGAGCAAUGUCGGACACCAGCAGUCUAUUAACUCCCAGUUCAGGUCCUUCAUCCACCUUUGUUUCCCCAGUUGCUUUUCAUUCUCGUUCGAUCUCGUCGACGUCUAUUACUACCCAAUCUUCUUCUUCCGCUUACUCCUCUGAGUCAUCGAAGGCGCGUGCAACUGCCCCAAGCGCGUACAAACCUCCUCAGACACGGCCUGCCUCCCCACUUAAUUUGAACGGACCAGCACGCCGCCAAAUCAUACCAUCCGAAGGUAGCGCAGACAGACGACGCAUUGCUAUCGUUGAAAUGAGCACACAUGUUGACGAGUACCCGAAGAGUGAUCCCUACGCGAGCACUUCUCCUUCGAGCGACUUAUAUCCCCGACGAGGCCGUGAGACACAACUAAGUGGUCUCGCACUUGUUGCACCACCAGACGCGUCGCCACGAACGCUUGGUUUUACCCAUCCACUCACUUCACCUGUUCAGUCCCCGUCUAUUCAAUCACAACCCUCUCCGAACACCGCACCCUCUCACAUACGUUCAUCGCCAGAGACGGUCAGAGUCCCUGGACGAGUAACGGGGCACUCUCGGAAGUCGUCGCGCGAGGUGGCUGUAGUAGGCACAACAUCUCUUUCAACCAAACCAUCAGACCAGGGCUACCCGUCCCUUGUCACAGAAACACUCAAACCACCCCUAUUCCAAACGCCCCAAUCCCGUUCACCUUCCCCUGGGACACCUGAGACAUCUGAUUCAGGAAGCUCCACUGCGCCUCCCAAGAGCAGACUGAGGAAAGACGCGCUCUUCCCUAGUGUCAGCCCAAUUAAGGAGUUGAAAGAAGCUCUGUCUCCCCCAGCAAGCCCCAUACCCACUCCUGUGGUGACGCCACCCAUAGGAGAGAGCAAGGGUAUUGGCGAUUGUGUGGCUGGUCCUGUCAUCGCCAAUAUCUUCCCCAAAUCGCCCGCACCUGUUAAUGGGAAGCACAUUAUGAGCCUAUCCCCCAAGACAUCUACAGCCACACCUACUACUCCUUACUUGCACUAUCAGCCUGGCCUGCAUGCAAAGGCAGGACCGCUACCCCCUCCCCCAAUGUCUGUCUUUAGUAUUGAUCCCAGUGCACCGCCACCACCUAGGCCACCUCGACAUCAGCCACUGAAGAAGAAAGGUGAUAUGGAUGCUGUGAAGCAAGCACUGGCUCUGCCUCCUUCUGUCGCAGCUGCACUCAAAUCGCGAAUACUUCUCGCGGAGGCCAAGGAAGAGCGUGGAGUGACUACCAGUGCCAAUUCCCCACCUUCAGAAGCAGUGAAGGAGCUUGCUCCGACUUUGGGUACCAGCCCUUUGGGGCUGGAUGCCUUGCACCCAGUAACCUCCGAACCCCAGUCAGAGGAGCCAAAGUCUCAGCUCAAUGCUUCAGACCAGAGGAAGGAGUCGGAACUUCCCCAGACGCCAGCUCAUAUUCGCGAAGGCGCCUUCCCUCCCUCAUGCGUUUGCACCACAGACUCGAACUCAAACCUUACUGUAUCCCCAGAUCAAACAAUCGUCCCUCUUCCCCGGCAUGAGUCUAUGGAUGACCUUGUUGCUACAGUAGGACACGCAAUCGAUGACAUGGGUAUAAUCCGUUCAUCUGACGUUCCUCCCCCGACUAUUCUCGAGCCCUUACGGCAUAACGAGAAUCGGGGCGACCGAUCUGGUCUCGAUAUUCGACGCAUCUCCUUAACGCCCACGCCACCACUACCACUAGAUGACGAUGAUAGUGUUGAGAAUGAGAGUAGACCUAAAGUUCUUCCGCCCCUGCCGGCGAAGAACGAGCCUCAGCCUUCAGACUUACGAAUUAAAAGUGCGCUUAGUAUCAAGCGGUUUUCGUCUCUUCCGCGCACGCCCUCGUCGAUAUCACUCGUCCAGCCUUCCACGGAAAGAAAAAGAUCUUCAAGGACGCCGUCGCCAUCGUUCGUGGACCAUUCAGUGCCAAAAACAUUGCCUCCAGUUCAGAAGGUCAAGUCUGCGUGGCCGCCAGCUAUGCAUUUUGCAGAUGUGGUUGUGAAGAAAAAUGCUCUCGAUCGGUCGGCGGGAUAUGCGCAGAAGAUUAAUGAACUUUAUAUGUACGAUUGUGGAUUAGGCGACUGGAUUGUGGAGACAAGAUAUAAAGCUGCAAAUCCCCAAAAGCGCGCCCCCGCGAACACGAGUGCUCGUGUUCCAUCGACACAUUCUCCCCGUACCCAAACUCGUAAUAUCUCAGAGUCCUCCACUGGCUCCGAAGUUACUUUUCCUAGGCGUCCAGACGCAUACUUGGCUACAGAUUUGUCGACACCUCCCUCUGGUGACUCCAGUCCCCCCAAUGCACCUCCUUCGCUUCCAUACCCAGCACUUGCUUCAGCGCCACGCAACGGGUCAAAUAGGGCAUCCACUAUAAUUGCCAGCUCAUCUUCGUCUUCUGGUCGCUCGCUAACUUCUUCUACCUCAUUAAACAAAUCCCCAGGAAGCUUUUUUGCGUCUUUGGGACGGAAAACGAGUCUUAAGAAAGAUAAGGGUGUAGCAUUGAUAGCUCCAGUAAUUGGGAGGGCGCUGUCUAAAAGUCCACCACGACAGGAACCGAAUCCACGACCAGUGACUAUUCCGAACUCCCCAUCCGUGCCAGGGGGUCCACGCGCGCCCCCUAAUCGUAUGCAAAGGUCCCAAACCAUAGUCCUUUCUCCUCAGUCCCCGUCAAAUGGCUUGGGCCACCACCGAUCGAGCACAGUUGUUAUACAACGACCUUCGCAACUCAGUGGCCGCCACACAUUUUCUGAUCGCGGAUCACCCACUGACCCAGAUGAAUUCGCACGUCAGGUGGACAAACUUGCUGCUCUGCUCCCGAAGGCCGAUAAAACUGUCCUUGGAGGGUAUCUUCGUAGGGCAGGCCAAGAUAUCCUUGCUAUUGGGCAAUAUCUCGAAGACGAGAAGAAUGGAACUCUACGUUAUGACUAG